AUGCUAUUUGCAUCCAACAUCAGCAAAGCCUAUUCAAACAGGACUCUGUUCAGCGAUCUCACCAUAAGCGUGGCCGCCGGAGACCGCGUCGCGCUGAUUGGGGCAAACGGUUCCGGUAAGACCACACUCUUGGACAUUCUGGCCGGCGAUACGUCUCCGGAAACCGGCAGCAUAUCCAGGCAACGCAACGCCACUAUCGGCUAUCUCAGGCAGGAACCUGCCACGUUUGCCGGCAAAUCCCUGCUCCAGGAAGUGUUGGACGCCAGCUCCGAGGUGAUUGAACUCACCGACCGGAUCAACGUCACGCGGGAAGCCCUGUCUUCGGAGGCCGACCCCGAAAAGCAGGGCGAUCUGCUGCAACAACUGAGCCAGCUUGACAUGGAGCUGGAGGCUGCCGGCGGGGGCGACCGGGAGCACGAAGCCAAGGCGAUCCUCUCGGGCCUGGGAUUUAAGCAGGGCGACUUCCUCCGGACAAUGGGCGAGUUCAGCGGUGGCUGGGUCAUGCGGGCCGGACUGGCCCGGUUGCUGUUCCGAAAGCCCGGUCUACUGUUGUUGGACGAGCCAACCAACCAUCUCGAUCUCGAUGCCAACCUCUGGUUUGAGAAGUAUCUGGCCGCAUUUCAGGGUGGGGUGAUAGUCACCUCCCACGACCGCGCUUUUCUGAACCAGGUGGCAAACCGGAUUCUUGCCAUCGAGCCCGCUGAGGUGGUGAUCCUCAGGGGCGACUAUGACGAUUACCUGGUCGCUCGCGAGCGUUCCCUUCAGAUCAAGCAGGCGGCCGCGGCCAGACAGGAGCGCCAGUUACAGAAGCAGAUGCGCUUUGUGGAGCGCUUCCGCUCGAAGGCAACCAAGGCCAGCCAGGUGCAAAGCCGUUUGAGGCAGCUGGAGAAAAUAAAACCCAUCGAGUUGCCCCGGGCGACCAAAAAAAUCCAUUACUCGUUCCCACAGCCUCCCCGCAGCGGCGCCGAAGUCAUCUCACUCACCAAUGUCAGCAAGUUCUACGGCGACAAUGUGGUCUACCGCGGCAUGAACCUUUCCCUUACCCGCGGCGAUCGCGUCGCCCUGGUCGGACCCAACGGCGCCGGCAAAACGACCAUGUUGAAAAUGCUCGCCGACGUCCUGCCGUUUGACGAGGGGGAACGCAAAACCGGCCACAACGUGGUUACCGCCUAUUACGCCCAGCACGUGCUGGAGCUCCUCAACCCGAACAAUACAAUCAUCGAGGAGUUGCAACAGGCGGCCCCCAGGGAAUCGGAGCAGAACCUGCGUACCACCCUGGGCGGAUUCCUGUUCAGCGGCGACGACGUCAACAAGCCGAUAUCGGUGAUCUCCGGUGGGGAAAAGGCGCGCGUGGCCCUGGCCAAGCUGCUCCUCCAACCGAGCAAUCUGCUGCUGAUGGACGAACCAACCAACCACCUUGACAUCGCUUCCAGGGAGAUCCUUGCGGACGCGCUGGGGGACUACCACGGCACAAUAUGCCUGAUCACCCACGACCGCACCCUCAUCCGGCAGGUUGCCAACAAGAUCGUCGAAAUCGAUGGCGGCCGGCCCACGGUUUUCCCCGGCGACUACGAUAGCUAUCUGUCCCGCAAGCAGGAAGAAUCCGAAAUCAGGAACACCAAACCCGCCGUCAAUGGAUCAUCCCCCACUGCGCCAGCGACGGGCGCCGUAAGGACACGCACCGGCAGGCCGCUCCGGGCCGAAGAGGAGCAGCAGCGUUCUCUCGGGAGAGAAGCGCGCCGGCUGGCGUCGCGAAUCGAGGAGAUCAACGUUUCGUUGACCAACCACGAGGCGCGCAUGGCAGAGAUGGAAACCCUGUUCUCCAGCCCCGACGAGUUCGGCGAUCCCAUUCAGCUUGCGGCUUACGGUGAGCAGUACCGCGUGCUCAAGGAAGCGGCGGAUUCGCUGUGGGACGAGUGGGAAAAAUUGUCUGUGGAGGCGGAGAGCAUCGACAGCAAGCUCACGGCGCUGAAAACCGGAUAG